AUGACAAUACCUGCUACAAGUGCGUCUGUAGAACAAAGUUUUUCUGUACUAAAGCAGAUUAAAAACUUUGUCAGAAAUUCCACAAGUCAGGAGAUGCUAGCUAACUUAGCAAUUUUAUCAAUUGAAAAGGAACUUAUUAAAGAAAUGUCUGAAAAUACCAGUUUUUAUGAGUCUGUCAUAAAUGAGUUUGCCAAGGAUGACACAAUAAUAGAGCUGCACUACAAGUAA